GUAUGUUGUGUUUCCUGACAGUCAGCUGCUGCAGAGAAGUUAGGACACACUUUGACACUUUGUUUCCUUUGCUCGUUGAACGUCGGUCACACGUGAACUCCUCGGGAAACCAACUUUCUGCCGCGACCUGAAACCGGACCCGGGUUGGAUCCGCGUCUACUCUCGCUCUUGACACAAAGUAACAAAGUUUUUGCGGAAUGAGUUUAAACGAGCACUCCCUGCAGGCUCUGUCCUGGAGGAAACUCUAUCUGAGCCGAGCCAAGCUCAAAGCCACCAGUCGCACUUCGGCUCUGCUGUCGGGCUUCGCUAUGGUUGCCAUGGUGGAGGUCCAGCUGGAGCCGGAACACGACUACCCUCCAGGUCUGCUCAUAGCCUUCAGCGCCUGCACCACGGUCCUGGUUGCCGUCCACCUCUUCGCCCUCAUGGUCAGCACCUGCAUCCUCCCGAACCUCGAGGCCGUCAGCAACGUCCACAACCUCAACUCGGUCCAGGAGUCUCCCCACGAGCGCAUGCACCGCCACAUAGAGCUGGCGUGGGCUUUCUCCACGGUCAUCGGCACGCUCCUCUUCCUCACGGAGGUCAUGCUCCUGUGCUGGGUCAAGUUCUUGCCGCUCAGGAGUAAAACGGAGAACAACGGCACCAUCAGCUCCGGCGAGGCCGCGGCCAUCGCCUCCACGUGCAUCAUGGUGCCGUUUGGCAUCGUCUUCAUCGUGUUCGCCGUGCACUUUUACCGCACGCUCGUCAGCCACAAAACGGACCGGCAGAUCCGGGAGCUGGAGCAGGUCAUCCGCCUCCAGAACCAGCUGGACCACAGGGCCGAGAACGACGACCUGAAGGCGGUCGCUCAUUUCCCGUGAUCGCCCCUCGACGAAUUCUCUCUCAGAAAAGCUUUGUAUUUAAUAUUUUAUGAACGACGCUUAAGUGUUUGACUCAGUCCACGUUCGGAUAUACAUCCAGAACAUAGUUCUACUUAGUGGUAAAUCGUUUGCUCUCAGGUUGCCAUGAUUUCUGUCAGUGGCAGAAUUACACGUUGUUAAAUACGUGGCUUCUACUGGUUUGAUAAGAAUGGAAGAUCCACAUUUUAUAUAGGUCCAGAAGUCUUUAUAGUCCGUGUAGAACCGUAUGGAUGACAACUGCUAUUAGUCAGCCAAACGAGAUCCAGUUGCAUGUUCUCUGUGUACCUGUGUCGCUUGUCCUCGUCCGUCCCUCGCGCAACGCUUCAAACUGUUGUGUGUGUGACUUUUUAAAUGUCCGUUUACAUUUAAAAACACUGGUGAAAGCCUCUCGUUUCUCAGCAUAGCAGUGUUUAGAUGUCGUGUCACGCCACACACACACACACAGGUAGUGUUUCAUAGUGAAGAGAGGCGGCUGCGGACGGGCUGGAGUGUGACUGAAAACACUGCACCGCCACUGUGUACACACGUGUACAUACAGUAUAUACACAUACACGUCAUUUCUUGUUACAAAGUCCAAACAGAGACAGAAUAAUAACAAUAAAACUCACCUACUGUGUCUUUACAGGAUGGAUAGACAUUGGAAUUCUUAAAAUUUAAAUGAGAGCUUUUACUCCCUGGAACCGAGAGAACGUUGCUCCAUGUUUGUGUGCAAUCUAAGGCGACUGCGUCAGUUGUUGCUGCUGUACAUAUGUUACGUUUAAGAGAAGGUGGAUGUUCACAGUUAGCAUGAAGCGCGUGCUGUUGUAAAGAAUGAAUUGUUACAAGUAUUAUUCUGUGUUGUUUACAAGCUUGAGCAUGUUCACACGGCGUGUGGAGUGUGGAGUGGACUUCAGCGUUUGUUUUUCUCUAGUCCCGAGGCACAUUGUGGAUUUGUUGCUCGUGUUGUUUUUAUUAUUGUCUUUUAAUGGUACGAAAACACGUCAGUUGGUCGGUCGGUCAGCGCUGUUACGAUUUAAUCUGCAUCCCUAAAUAUGUUCACUUACCAAAGAUGUUAAAGGAUAUACUGUAUUUACAGGAUUUAUUAAGGUGUUGGGAUAUUUUUAUCAAUGUACUUUUACUUUUGAUGUGAUUUUAAAUACUUACCCGAGUACAACAUACUGUGUUACUCUGUGGUGAUGUUUGUCUUCUCGUGGUUCAUGGUGAGCAGAGGUGGAGAAGAGCACUGAAAUAUUCUACUCAAAGUAAACGUACUGCUCUACAAAUGUACUUAGUUACUUUUGUAACAAGGUCGGGGUUUUCUUGUGUCGUUGCAAAAAGGACAAGGGAACGCAAAUCCCACAUGGAUUGUUUGUGCUGACAAAAUGAAAUCUGAAAACACGUAAUGUGUCAGUCAAAAUGGGUCAAAGGUCACAAAUGCUUUCUCACUCAGGGACCUUAAUUAACUCCAGUUCACCUGUC